UGUGGAUUACAUAAAAGUUGUUUCAAGUGAAGCUCCAAUUGAAGCUGUGAUUGACUGUGUGUGUGUCCGUUUGCGGAUCGUGCUUUGUCCCAGUUCUGCUGACCGCCCUAGUCCAUUGGCUCCAUUGUUUUCACAUCCUCUCGUGGUCGUGUACCUACCUGUUCGUCGUUCAGCUGCUGCGUGGGUCACGGAAAGAGAGCCACAGUGAGUGAGAGAGAGAGAGAGAGAGAGCGCGCCCGUAGCGACGCUAGAACUCCGGGACCACCAGAGGACGCAUUCGCUUGUCAUCGAAAAUCAUCCGAUCCGUACCGGCUGUGUGUGCGCGUGGGUGUGUGCGUGUGCUGUUGAUUGAACGAAACAACGGUACGCGGAGCAAAGAAGAGAGAGAGAGAGAGAGCGCCAAGCUCCCCACUGGUCAGCGGCAACGCAGCAUCCUAGAAUCGAGGAGACCACACACAUAACAACACAAGAUGCAACAAUUAGCGAACAUCAUCGGGGCGAAUGCCUACUACGACGGGAGCCGAGUGUUCACCUGGCUGGCUGAGAUGUGCGGACUAUCGGUCGAUUUGGUAAACUUUCUGAUCACGCAGUUUCUGGCGCUGAUCCUUGCGUCCACGUUCCGCUCGUACUUGCACCCCUCGAAGGUGUCGGCCAGUACCCGGCACGUGAUCGGGCUGGUGAUCGGUCUGUUCUUCGGAUACUUCUGCUUCGGUCAGCAAGCGAUCCAUAUUGCCGGCCUUCCGGCCGUUUGCUAUGUCGUCAUCCGCACGCAGAAUCCGCAGAUCGUGCAGCGACUCGUCAUGGUCGUGGCCCUCAUCUACCUGUCCUGCAUCCAUCUGCACCGCCAGUACUACGACUACGGGUCGUACUCGCUCGACAUUACCGGUCCGCUGAUGAUCAUCACGCAGAAGGUGACGAGCCUGGCGUUCAGCAUCCACGAUGGGUUCACGCGCGAGAUGAAGGACCUCACCGCGACCCAGCAGCAGCACGCCAUCCAGAAGCUACCGUCGGCGCUCGAGUUUUUCUCCUACACCCUGCACUUCCAGGGCCUGAUGGCGGGUCCGCUUGUGUUCUACAAGGACUACAUCGACUUCAUCGAGGGCUGCCACAUCCUGAAGCAAGCGUCCGCCAACGCCAAUUACGAUAUCGACAAGAAAAUCGUCCACGAACCGUCGCCGGUGAAAGCGGUCGUCAAGAAGGUGAUCGCCAGCCUGGUGUGUGCGCUGAUCUUCAUCAAGUUUGCGACGAUCUAUCCGAUCAAAACGAUGAAAGAUGACGGCUUUAUCGAGAGUUCCGGCUUUUUCUACUCGCUGUGGUACAUGAUGAUGGCCACGACGGCGGUCCGAUUCAAGUACUACUUCGCCUGGCUGAUGGCCGAUGCGAUCUGCAACAACUCCGGGCUCGGUUUUAACGGGUACGACGAGCGGGACGGUGUGACGCCGCGCUGGGACAUGCUGUCCAACAUACAGGUGCUGGAGUUCGAGUUCGGCACCAACUUCCGGAACUGCAUCAACGCGUGGAACGCCGGCACGAACCGCUGGCUGCGCAUGGUGGUGUUCGAGCGCGUCCCGAAGCGGUACGGCACGCUGCUCACGUUCAGCCUGAGUGCCCUCUGGCACGGCUUCUACCCCGGUUACUAUCUGACGUUCGCCACCGGUGCCCUGAUCGUGGUGGCGGCCCGCACCGCCCGCAAGCUGUUCCGGGCGCCCUUCCAGCGCACGGGCACCUCGCGCGCCCUCUACGACGUACUGACCUGUCUAGUGACGCGCGUCUUCAUGGGCUACGCCACGUUUCCGUUCGUUCUACUCGAGUUUAAGGCUAGUCUUCGUAUGUACCUGAAUGUGUUUAUGUGCCUUCAUCUGGUCGCUAUGAUCACUAUGUUUGUUUUAUCGAAAUUCGUACCGGGCGGGGCUGCCGGCCCGCUCAGCGCCCGCGCCCGCACUAAGGUUAAGCUCGACGACGAACCGUCGCCGAUGAUCGAUCCCGCCACCACCGCCGCAGCCGUCGGUGAGUCGGUGACGAAGAACACCCCCGUCGCCAUCGAAUCCGAAGGCGGGAUCCGUUUCCGGGGCGAAAACGGUCGACGAGCGAUCGUGCCGGAGUUGUCCCACCCGACAGCGGCCGGCAGCGGUGAGGCUGUGAAGAAACCAUCGCCCGACCCGGAUACCAGCAUCAUCAUCAACUACACUACAAACAAGACUGACGAACAUUUGCUGUCCGCGGAGGACAACAACAACAGUGCCACUUCCACCACCAUGAAACCACCGGGCCCAGCACCGCCGCCGCCGCCACCGCAAGCCAUUGUCAACGGCAAGAGCCCGAAGCCUGCCCGCGAGCGCAUCAAGGAGAAGCUGGAGCAGGAAACGCGCAACCUGGAAGAGUUUAUCGACAAAACGGUGACGGGCUUCGUCGAGCUGAAGGACGAUCUGAUGCGCAUGAACGAGCCCGGCACCAUCGGUGGGCUGUACAUUCCUCGCAACGGUGGCAUCGCAUCCGGUGGCGCAGGCGAUGCACUCAUCGUGAACGGAAACUCCGGAUCCAACGGAACCACCCAUGGCAGCAGCGGAGCGUUUCUGAAGAAGGAAAUCGACGCCCUGAACGCGGCCGUACAGCAGGCGAACGUGCUGCCGGCGGUACUGAGCAACGGGCAUGCCAAGUAGGGGGCCAGAGAACGCAGCGCAGCGCAACAGAUAUAUUCUUCCCAAACGCGGUCAGCCGCGGCACGGCUUCCUCUUUCCGCCUCUCAUCUACUUCUUCUGGAAGGGGACGAUCCGGACCUCGACCGGGGAUGCAAAAGGUACGUAACGUUUAACAUUCUUCUUCCGGCCGGUCUCUCUCUGUCCGCAAGCGCUGUACGAUCGACGAACCUAAAACAAACCUUUUACUGGUAAAACGGGAAGCGGGAACCAACGAAAAGAAUGUGACGAAAAGCAGAGCAUGCUCUAUAAAAAAGAAACACAAAAACGACAAGCAAAACCUGCUUCGAGAAACGAUCGAUCGUUUGUGGGAGCAGCGGGCCUCAAGGGGAAGGAUACAUUUUUUAGCCAGAAAACCACAUACCGCCGCCGCUGUAUAUUAUAUUCAUAUUCGCUCGCGUGUCGGCCGGCCAACCAACAGCGUGCCGUCGCCGGUACUACUUACGGAAACUCAACAGUCCACCUGCUUCCAAUGAACAGGUGUCCUCCAGGCAAGAGCGUUUCUAGUUGCUGCAGCUCCGUGCUCCUUACUGUCUGCGGUUUUUUGGUUCCGUGAAAAUAUUCUGAAUAUCAUAUCAAUGUAUGAUCUAUCUAUUCACAUCUACCUUUUAAGUGUACUCAAGUGGCCGAGCAAAUAAUUUAGGAUUUUAAGAAAAUGGUGCGUAAAUUGAGUUUUAGAAUCCCGUACUCGCUUCCUUCCUUCGACGAUGAUGCUUCCAAAUUAGCUGCUGUGUCCAUGUGAGAUAAUUCUUUACCAUCGCGCUGGUCUUCCAGUUCCGCGCUCCACUUUGGAUACUAUUUUUUAAUCUUUAAACACGCACCAUCCGACAUUGCUUCCAAACACGAUCGCGAGGAUCGAAAGGAGCUACUCCUUGGUUUCGUAUUGAUAGAGAAAGAGAUAGAGAGAGAUAGAGAGCGCACAUACCAAAUGUUUCAAAAGAGAGAGAGAAAGAGAAAGAGAGAUUAUUUUGCUUGCUAUUACUUAGUUUAGAUAGGAGCCAAUUGAAAAGGACAUACAAAAAUGGUCGUUUCGGCAGCUAGGACCAACAGCCACCACAUACCGUGCCCCGCGCUGCGUGUGUGUGUGUUGUGUUUGACCACCUGCAAUAUGCGGUGGUCCAAAUCAACCGCCGCCGCUGCUUAACCUACAGAACCUGCGAAAGGAUGCUUUGCGUUCACACUAGCGCGAAGUGCAUCCUAAAGGCGCAUCGACGCACAACAAAACCGAGUUCCUCAGUAGAACAAUACUAUAAACAAACCACAAAUACCGUAGAGGGCAUUGGAAAAUACGGCCGAGGACUAACUGAACCUACAAAUGCACACAGCAACAAACGCGCAAACAAGAAAAUGUGACUACUACGUUUAUUCCUUUCUCAAUGUCGCGGAUUAUCAAGAGGUCCCCCAGAGGGGGGGAGAGAGCGGGGAGAGACAGAGUGUAAGAGAGAAUGGGAGAUAGAGAGAGAGUGUGUGUCUAUCAAGAGCACCGGAUGAGCGCAACCAACCAACUAAUGUGUAGUCGAAAACAGCAAAACUAUACAAAAGUAUAAUGGAAAAACAAAACCAAGAUAAAACAAAAAUCUUUUUGUAGUAAACAAUUAUAAAAUAAAAUUAAA